AUGGCUGAGACAAUCAAGUGGCACAAUGCAGCUAUUCAGGACGAGCUUGUCCCAAAGAAAAGUCCAUCGGAGUUUAAACUCCCCGACAGUGUGAAGGAGCUCGUGUUUAUGGCGAAGCUAACAGAGGAGGCAGAGCGUUAUGAUGAGAUGGUGUUGUGUAUGCGUAAGCUGGUGAAGCUCAACAGCGAGCUCGACACGGAGGAGCGCAAUCUUCUCUCCAUGGCGUACAAGAACGUGAUUGGCAGCCGCCGCAAUGCCUGGCGCAUCAUCACCUCCAUUGAAAGCCGCGAGAGUGCGAAGGAGAAGAGUGACAAUCUCGCCCUUAUCGCCACGCUGCGGCGGGAGUUUGAGUCGGAGCUCGCGGCGAUCUGCGAUGAUCUGCUGGCGCUGCUCGACACGUAUCUCAUCCCCGCAGCGCAGGGCGGCGAGACGAAGGUCUUUUAUCUCAAGAUGAAGGGCGACUACCACCGCUACUACGCAGAGAUCGCCCAGCACGAGGCGGGCCAGCGACAGGCCGCACUCGACGCCUACGCAAAGGCCACGGAAGUGGCGAACUCGUCACUGGCGCCAACACACCCCAUCCGCCUCGGCCUCGCGCUGAACUUCUCGGUAUUUUAUUAUGAGAUUAUGAAGGAGCACGAGAAGGGAUUCCAACUCGCCCGCCAGGCGUACGAUGAGGCCGUCACGGAACUUGAGACACUUGACGACGAGGCCUACCGUGAGUCCAAUCUCAUUGUGCGGCUGCUGCGCGAUAAUCUUAAUCUCUGGACCGAUGAGCAGCCGGCAAACUGA